GCCCCCCCGCAGUCCGGAAUCCGCGCGCUCACGGCCGGAGGUGGCGGAGAUUCUCCCGCUUCUGUGCGCGUCCAUGGCCGCCGCGCUGCUCGCCGGGGCCCGCGGCCCCCUCCGCGGAGCUCUCCAUGCUCGGGUCUGGCGGAGGUUGCACACUAUCUACCAGUCUGUGGAACUGCCUGAGACACACCAGAUGUUGCGGCAGACGUGCCGGGACUUUGCUGAGAAGGAGCUGUUUCCCAUUGCAGCCCAGGUGGACAAGGAACACCUUUUUCCGGCUGCUCAGGUGAAGAAGAUGGGUGAGCUGGGACUUCUGGCCAUGGACGUGCCUGAGGAGCUCGGUGGUGCCGGCCUCGACUACCUGGCCUACUCCAUCGCCAUGGAGGAGAUCAGCCGCGGCUGUGCCUCCACCGGAGUCAUCAUGAGCGUCAACAAUUCUCUCUACUUGGGGCCCAUCAUGAAGUUUGGCUCUGCAGAGCAGAAGCGGAAGUGGGUCACACCUUUCACCAGUGGUGACAAAAUUGGCUGCUUUGCCCUCAGCGAACCAGGGAACGGCAGCGAUGCCGGAGCCGCCUCCACCACAGCCCGGGCAGAGGGCGACUCGUGGGUCCUGAAUGGCACCAAAGCCUGGAUCACCAAUUCCUGGGAGGCCACAGCCACCGUGGUCUUUGCCAGCACAGACAGAUCACUGAAGAACAAGGGCAUCAGUGCCUUCCUGGUUCCCAUGCCAACUCCUGGACUCAYGUUGGGGAAGAAGGAGGACAAGCUGGGCAUCCGGGCCUCGUCCACGGCCAACCUCAUCUUUGAGGACUGUCGCAUCCCCAAGGAGAACCUGUUGGGGGAGCCAGGGAUGGGCUUCAAGAUAGCCAUGCAAACCCUGGACAUGGGCCGCAUCGGAAUUGCCUCCCAGGCCCUGGGCAUUGCCCAGGCCGCCCUCGACUGCGCUGUGAACUAUGCUGAGAACCGCCAGGCCUUCGGGGCGCCCCUCACCAAGCUCCAGGGCAUCCAGUUCAAGCUGGCAGACAUGGCCCUGGCCCUGGAGAGUGCCCGGCUGCUGACCUGGCGCGCUGCCAUGUUGAAGGAUAAUAAGAAGCCUUUCACCAAGGAGGCGGCCAUGGCCAAGCUGGCUGCAUCGGAGGCCGCUACAGCCAUCAGCCACCAGGCCAUCCAGAUCUUGGGCGGCAUGGGGUACGUGACAGAGAUGCCUGCUGAGCGCCACUACCGUGACGCCCGCAUCACUGAGAUCUACGAAGGCACCAGUGAGAUCCAGAGGCUGGUGAUUGCUGGGCACCUGCUCCGCAGCUACCGGAGCUGAGCCUCUGAGGGACCAGUKCCCAGCUGGCAGCGCCACGUGCCUCACCUUGACUCCAGGCAGACCKUGGGCGGGCACCUGCCUCUGCAGGCUCCCCAGCUCCCUGCUCCACAAAUCAAAGUAAAUCUCAGGGAGAAGACAGGCCAGCCGCCGUGAGGACACAUCCAUCAUCAGCGUGGAUCCUGGGUCCUGAUGCCCCUUCUGACCGACUGUGCCUCAUUUUCUAACCCUGAGUGGCCAUGGCCUCCUGCAGGCAGGACCUUGGGGAGGGCUAAAUGAUACAGUGGCUCCCCAGUGCCGUCCUGUGGACCCUGCACCUGGGCAUGGAGACUCAGGAGGGACAGGCUCUCCUCAGGGUCAGGGCCCAGGAGGAGCAGGUGGGUGCCUUAGCAGCUGUGGUCAGGCCCUGGGGUCCGUGGCUGGGGAGAACUGCAGGGCUGGGUCACGGAGCCGCCUCAGGUCCGGGUGGGUACAGUGUGUGGCCUGCUGGUCGUGUGGGGACUGAGUGCUAAUAAAGCCUACCUGUGCCCUCC